CAGCGCAGUUCAAUUCGGGAUUCAAUUUGUAAAGCAUCAGCGCUGAGGUUCUGUCGAACCUGCCCCUUUUCCGAUCAAAAGGCGGGUUCUGCUCUUCACGCGAUUUCCUCUUGCUCAUUUCAAUACGCUCAUCUUCUUACAUCACGUUACUGUUAUUAUUAUUAUCAAUACUAAUAAUAAUACCCUCCCCCGUUUGGCACACGACUGAGCCGAGCGCCGUCGCCGCCUCGCUCCUUCUGGUGCUGAAAAAUUCUGAGUGAGAAAGAGAGAGAAGAAGACAGGAGAAGAGUGCGAGGAGAUCGGAGCCACUGCGGGCUCUUUAUUCAGAGGGAAGGAUAAACAGGGAUUUUAGGCGACGUCUUCAUCCCCACCGAGAUGCUGAGGGGGGCACUGCAAUCUGCAAUGGCGUCAGGGAUUCUCACGCUGUGGGUCUCCUGCUCCCUGCAUGUCCUACUGGUGCAAGGCAACGUUAAUGGUCAAAUAAAUUCAGUGACGAACAAUGAAACUUUCCAGCCAGUAACCUCGGAUGAGAUAGUGGUGGCUGGAGGAACAGUUACGCUGACCUGCCGGGUGGCCAGAAAUGAUAACUCAUCCCUACAGUGGUCCAACCCAACUCAGCAGACUCUGUAUUUUGGCGAGAAGAAAGCAUUGAGAGAUCAUCGCAUCCAGCUGGUGGAGUCCACUCCAACUGAACUGACCAUCAGCAUUUCAAGUGUACACUUGGGAGAUGAGGGAGAAUACACCUGCUCAAUCUUCACGAUGCCAGUCCACACAGCAAAGGCCACUGUCACGGUGCUAGGUGUGCCACAAAACCCUCAGAUUUCAGGCUACCACAGCCCAGUGAAGGAGGGCGAGGUGUUACACCUGACCUGUCUGACCCACGGCAGCAAACCAGCCGCAAAACUGAGAUGGUUUAGAGGACUCGAGGAGCUACGGGGCAAAAGUCAUACAGAACAAGACUCCAAUGGCAGGACAUUCACCGUGAUCAGUAAUGUUGAGCUGAACGUCACUCAGGCAGACGACAAUGUGGACAUCACCUGCUCUGUUGAUCAUCCAUCCUUGCAACAGGCUGAGAAGACAAGCAAGCAGAACAUUAGGGUUCAAUACAAGCCUUCAGUAGCUAUUGAACCAGAACCCAUCAUGCCUCGUGAGGGGGAGAAGUUCUACUUGCGAUGCCAUGGCUAUGGCAACCCAGAACCUUCCAAAUUUGAGUGGAGUAAGCAGGACAGUGUGCUUCCAGUGCUUGCAAAGGCAGAUGAUAACUUUCUACGAUUUGAAGCUCUGAACAAGUCUGACAAUGGCAUCUACAUCUGCAAGGCGUCCAACUCAAUGGGCUCCGGAUCAGCAGAACACAAGCUUUAUGUGCAAGAUGUCCAUGCUGCCCUCUCUCGCCCUUCGCUCUUUCCCUUCACCAGUGUCAACAGCGCUCUUCCACCAGCCAGGGAGUCACCUUCGCCCACUGCCAGCUCGGCCAGAAGCAAUACCAUUGGGAGAGCAGAUGCCACCGCUGUAGUCACAGAUCCCAGUGCCAUUCUUGCCUCCUCGAGUAUAGAUCACGCGGUGAUCGGUGGAGUCGUGGCCGUCAUUGUCUUCAUCCUGCUCUGUCUUCUCAUAGUGCUGGGGCGAUACCUCAUCAGACACAAAGGCACCUACCUGACGCAUGAAGCGAAGGGCUCAGACGACGCCGCAGACGCAGACACGGCCAUCAUUAAUGCAGAAGGGGGACAGGCUGGUGUGGAGGACAAGAAGGAGUACUUCAUCUAAGGAACUGGAGAGGGCAAGGGAGGAAGGAACAGGAGUGUGAUAAAUAAAAACAACAACAACCAACAAACAAAAUAAGAGGAGAUUGAAACAACAUGAAAUAAGACGGAAAUGGGAGAGGACAGUCAAACAUAUGGGGUGGGGGGUGCAGUGUCGGUCCUUAAUUAGCUGGUCAACAAACAUAUCUAUCUAUCUAUCUAUCUAUCUAUCUAUCUAUCUAUCUAUCUAUCUAUCUAUCUAUCUAUCUAUCUAUCUAUCUAUCUAUCUAUCUAUCUAUCUAUCUAUC